UUACGAAUAUCGUUAAAAGCAACAAAGAACUAAUUGCGGUUACCAUAAAUUUCAGCAUGAAACGUAUUUUUUGUGGAAAUCAUUUAAAAAGAAAUAAACACGACUGUGGCCCUUUAGCAACAAAUCAACUUAGCAGUUUCGAAUGCAGCGCCGCCCCAUUGGCUGGCGUUUGGCUACAAAGUCAGUGGCAGUAGGAAAAGCAGCCUCAGCGGCGACUCUGGAUCCUGACUCCGAAAAUAGAAACGACUCCUUGCUGGUCCUUUCAUUCAGUUUCAUUCAGCUGGCGCUGCUGGAAGCGUGCGGACGUUCGUUGUUUAGAGCGCGGUUAUAAAGUCAAGUGGCAAAGUGGCACUUUACAAAAAAUACACAAAAAAUUCAACAAAAAUAAAAGGCAAAAUUGAAACCAAAAAAAAAUUUAUAAGAGGGCACACAACGUGCGGGGGUAAAGUGCAAAUGGUAACGGUAAUUUGCAGACAUUAGUUGUUACACAAACGUACACACACACACCCACAAACAGUCCGGUGAUUAAAUGCCGUGGAAGGAGAGGUGCGAAAAGUGUCACAUUACGCAUACGCAGCGUAUGCCGGAGUUAAAUGCUGAAAUUUAAAAGCAAAACGAGCUGUUCGAGCUGGAAUUGAAAAUGUUUGUCGUAAAGUUAUUUGGCCACUUAGUAUGCCAAGCACGUAGUGGAUUUUUGUGAUGUGGAUACGGCUCUUUGAUUGUUUUAUUAGCGAAUCCUUUGGACAGCAUUGAGCUGGUAGUUUGGAUUUUCAGAUAUUCUAAAGAAUUUGAGGACUUUUAAAAUAUAUAGUUAAGCUAUAAAUAUGUAAUACAUAAGGAAAAUCAAAUUAAAAACAAAAUCACUAGGAGCAGUACCAGCCUCAACUUUUAAAAAUCAAAUUAAAUGAGUAUAAAUAUUAAUUAAAUAAUAAAUAAAAAUAUAGGAAAUGUUUUAUACAAGUGCAAAAAAUAAAUAACUCAAAUAUAACACAAAAUAAGACAUAAAUUAUUGACUGAUCUAAUAACGAACUUUUGAGCUGAAAAACAACGCAAGGCUAAAGUGCACAAAUAUAAUAUUUAUAACUGUAAUAAAUUGUUAAACAUAUAAUUCAUAAAGAAAAGAGGAAAAUAUUUAUACAAGUUAGAUAUGAGUCAAAUGCAACUGCAGUCGCAACGCGUUCGCCGCGGACGUCACCAUCACCGCCAUCAGUCCGCAGAGCCUUGCGAGUGUUUACGUCCUGUGAUAAGAGUUUUUGGUCUGCUGACUUCAUUCGUUAUCUGCGGCGUUGGCGUUGAUGUCUACAUGCACGGCUAUCAGGCCGGUCUCUAUAUAGUUUUUUCAGCCGUGCUGGUCAUGUUCAUUGAAAUCAAGUGGCUGGUUACUAUAUUCCUCCAACUUCAGUGCUCAGAGGAUAAUUACCAGCGGAGGUCCUGCAACUGCUUGGCCUGCUGGCGUCUUUCGGCGAUUUGUGGUGGAUGGCGGCCCACUCCCGUUUAUGCGGUCAUCGGCAUCUGCCUGAUACUAUAUCCCCAUAAUCUGUGGCUCAGCUAUGUUGCCGGGAUGUUCCUGAUACUUCUCGGGGUCCUCAGACUCUGUACGUUGCUGAGGCUCAGUCCCUCGAAGGAGGAGGGCCUCCUGCCGCAGUGCGACUUUGAAAAGGUCUCCAGCUUUGUGGAUAACAUGGAGGAUGACUUCGCAGAGGUUAGUGCCUCUCAGGCGGCCUUGGAUGAUGAAGCGGAGGAGGAGGGCGACGACCACCCGGUCAUAGAUGAUGAUGUUUGCUAAUAGCUUAAGUUAGCUUUUCUGCCUAAUGUAAUGUGAGAUUUUAAAUUAUUUAACAUUUAUCCAAUAAUAUACGGUUUGUAAAGAGGUUUCGAUUGAAAAG